UUUUCUUGUAGUUAUUUUCCUCGAGGCGGACUUAGGAAGGGAGUCGGAGAGGACGCGGUUUGGGUCCAGGAGCUGGUAGUGGGCAGGGUUACCAGCCUUGGAACUGGCUCCUGUAGCUGCGCUGUUGCCAAGUAUUAAUAAUGUAUCGGUGUGCCUGCCCACCUGCUGUUUUCUGUAUAGCGACUGGCUCUUAAAGGCAGCUGGUAUUCACAGUCUUAACCCGAGGGACGGAUGUGCGCCUGGCGGUGUAAUUCUGCGUGUGUUUACUCGGAUGUAGGAAAGUGAGAUUUUCUGGUUUGAUUGCCUGGAUUGUCUGCCCAAGCCUACAUGACACGCCACGGCAAGAACUGCACAGCAGGGGCUGUCUAUACUUACCACGAGAAGAAAAAAGACACAGCUGCCUCUGGAUAUGGGACCCAGAAUGUCCGUCUGAGUAAAGAUGCUGUCAAGGACUUUGACUGCUGCUGCCUUUCCCUGCAGCCCUGCAAGGACCCUGUUGUGACCCCUGAUGGAUACCUGUAUGAGAAAGAAGCCAUCUUAGAGUAUAUCCUGCACCAGAAAAAGGAGAUUGCCCGGCAAAUGAAGGCCUAUGAAAAGCAGAAGAAUGAGAAGAAGGUGGAGAUGGCAGAGCUGAGCAAGGCUGCCAAAGAGUCCAAGGUGAAGAGUUUCCUAGACAAAGAACUGAGUAUUGUGAGCAAACCCCUCAACCCCUUUGAUCGCAAGACAGGGGAUUCCCAGCCUGGGCCAAGUAAUGAAGACAAAGCGAAGCAACUGCCCAGCUUUUGGAUCCCUUCACUGACCCCUGAAGCGAAGACCAAAGUCAUUCGGAAGCCAGAGAAGUGCGUUUACUGUCCCAUGAGUGGGAAACCCUUGAAGCUGAAAGAUCUGAUCCCAGUGCAUUUCACCCCAGUGGACCCAAGUGUGGAUCGAGUAGGGCUGAUCAACCGGCAGGACCGCUACGUGUGUGCUGUCACACGGGAUAUGCUUGGCAACUCGGUCCCUUGUGCUGUGCUCCGCCCCUCGGGCUCUGUGGUUACUCUGGAGUGUGUGGAGAAACUCAUCAAGAAGGAUAUGGUUGAUCCAGCAAAUGGGGAGAAACUGACAGAAAAAGACAUCAUUGUCGUACAGCGGGGUGGCACAGGAUUUGCAGGGUCCGGUGUGGAGUUGGAGGCCAAGAAGUCUCGCCCCGUUAUGCAAGCUUAACAUAUCCAGACAGCUGUCUUGGCAGAGGAGAGGAAUAGAUGCUGGGCUAACUACUGUAUGUUACCCCAAAAUGGAGAAGAUUGCCUGUUGGAAGAGAGUGCAACAAUCUUGUGUAACUUUGUAAAUAAAAGUUUUGUGUUUGUGUA